UUCAUCAGGCCCCGCCCCUGCCCCGGCGAAUGAGCGAGUGCGGGGCAAGAGCGCCGGGUGCCGCCGCUCGUGAUAAGGGACUGGGCCGCUGGUGGGCAGCGCUUCCCGGGUUGGCGCUAGUUGGGCCGGUACCUGAGGGCGCCGCGGUUCUCAGCCGAGGCUGCUCCGGAAAUGCUUUCGGUGUGCACAAACAUGGCUGCGGCCUUGCGAGCUGCGGGCGGCCUGCUCCGCGGUCAGUUGGUGCAUGACAGCUUGAGGACCCAUCAGCGAUGGAGGUGCCAGUUGGGUACAGCAGCAGCAGCGACCACCACCACAGAGACAGCUCAGCAUACUAAAAGUGCACAACCUCAAGUUCAACUGGAAAAGAGGAAACCAAAAACUGGAAUACUGAUGCUAAACAUGGGAGGCCCUGAAACUGUCGGAGAUGUUCAUGACUUCCUUCUGAGGCUCUUCUUGGAUCGAGAUCUCAUGACACUUCCUAUUCAAAAUAAGCUGGCAUCAUUCAUUGCCAAACGCCGAACGCCCAAAAUUCAAGAGCAGUAUCGCAGGAUUGGAGGUGGAUCACCCAUCAAGAAGUGGACUUCCACCCAAGGAGAAGGCAUGGUGAAGCUGCUGGAUGAGUUGUCCCCUGACACAGCUCCUCACAAAUACUAUAUUGGAUUCCGGUACGUCCAUCCUUUAACAGAAGAAGCAAUUGAGGAGAUGGAGAGAGAUGGACUACAGAGGGCUAUCGCCUUCACGCAGUAUCCACAGUACAGCUGCUCAACCACAGGCAGCAGCCUAAAUGCCAUCUAUAGAUACUAUAAUGAGAUGGGAAAGAAGCCUACGAUGAAGUGGAGCACUAUUGACAGGUGGCCCACACACCCCCUCCUCAUCCAGUGUUUUGCAGACCACAUUCUCAAAGAGCUGGACCAUUUUCCACUUGAGAAGAAAAGCGAGGUGGUCAUUCUAUUUUCUGCUCACUCUCUGCCAAUGUCUGUGGUCAACAGAGGGGACCCCUAUCCUCAGGAGGUAGGCGCCACUGUCCACAAAGUCAUGGAGAAGCUCAGUUACUCCAACCCCUACCGACUGGUCUGGCAGUCCAAGGUUGGUCCGGUGCCCUGGUUGGGUCCUCAAACAGAUGAGGCUAUCAAAGGACUUUGCGAGAGGGGAAGGAAGAACAUCCUUUUGGUGCCAAUAGCCUUUACCAGUGAUCACAUUGAAACACUGUACGAGCUGGAUAUUGAGUACUCUCAGGUGUUAGCCAAGGAGUGUGGAGCUGAAAACAUCAGAAGAGCAGAGUCUCUUAAUGGAAAUCCAUUGUUCUCUAAGGCGCUGGCCGACUUGGUGCACUCACAUAUCCAGUCAAACAAGCUGUGCUCCAAGCAGUUGACUCUGAGCUGUCCUCUCUGUGUAAAUCCUGUGUGCAGGGAGACUAAAUCCUUCUUCACCAACCAGCAGCUGUGACCCGGGGACCCUGUGGGAUUAGGCAGAUGCCUGACAUCUAGACUCCUCUGCUGGGAGGAGGACACUAUUUAGAGACUGAAGAAGGAAGCUGCAUCCGUGUCUGCACAGUCUUUGGGUGCAACUGUGAUUUCUUGAGAAAUGGACUCGGAAAGCUUACCGAGAGACUUCAGUUUUCAUAUACUUAUACAGUAAGCAUUUGUAAUCCCUCUCUCUGGGUAAAUGUAUUAGUUUUGAAUUUCCACAAGGACAUUCGAAAAACGACUUUUGAGAAUUUAUCACAAGAGAUGCAUACCUAUUUUAAAUACAAAUUUUGCUUUUGUUGCCUAAAACAACCCCUUGAGAGGGUACAGAGGGUUCACUCUAUCCCCGCUGUGGGAUCGGUGUGAGUGAAGUCUGUUUACAGCCUCCUGUAUUUAGUUGUAGUUUUUUAAAUGAAUAUAGUUGCAUUUAUGAAAUACAGUUUGGAGAGGAAAUAGGACGUAUCUUUGCCAUAAGCCUGUGCGUGGGAACGGAAGGCCGGUGAGGUGGUUUGGUUGCCCACCAUGGCUUCUGAUCUCAGGAAGGCCACUGUUCGUUGGUCAUUUUGGUGUCUGUGUGAGAGUCUUGCUUUCCUUACCCCGAAUCUGAAUCAAGUACAGACUUCAGAAGUGCUCUGUGAUUCCCCAGGCACACGAGGCUGAUAAACAUGUAGAGGUCCACUAUUCGACAUUGGGGCCUUGGUAGGAGUCCUUGGUACCUCAGGGAGGGGAGCUUCCUAUCCCUAGGACUGCACUGCCAGCAAAACUACCGAAGGGGAGUUUAAGCCCGCCCCCACCCCAGGGUCCUAGGGAGUCUUUCCACGCAGCGUCUUCUGAUCUCAGUUGAAUGUCUCCUUUCUGCACAAUGAAGUUAUUUUAUAAAGUCAACUAUAUUUUGUAACCUUGAAUUGUUUCUCAAGUUACAUGUUUUUUAUUGUACGAUUAUAUAUCUAUACAGUAGGACAUUUGACAAAUACAGAGAAGAAAAACAAUGACUCUAAUGCAACAGCUGUUAUCAUCUUCUUGUGUUUUGUGCCAGUCUUUUCCUGUGGAUAUUUUUGAUGCCAUUGUCACCUUGAAUUUUUAAGUGAAAAGUUAUUCUAAAUGGGUAGGAGUAAGGCCAGAUCAGAUCUGAUCUUCUGUAUUUGGAAUUAAAUGGAUUGAAAACAUCUCUGAUGGAUCCAUGAAGAAUUUGUAAUGAUUGCUUUCUCUUUCCUCCAACCCCUAAAACUUUGUCUUCAAAAGAACAUUUCUUUGAUUUUUUUUUUAAAGCCAAUUCAUAAAGUGGAAGUAAUUGGGGGAUUCAUAGAUCUUCUAUAUUCAAGAUUUGCUUUUGAUAAAUGUGAUGUCAUUAAGGUUUUAACCAGUUUGAUUGAUGCUGUUAAAUCAAAACUGAUCAAAAUGAUUAAAUAUGAGAAAUUUACUUUGCAAUACAAGGAAAGAAAUGUGCCACAUGCUUUAGUUGGUAGUUUUUCUCAAAUUUGAGUAAUGUCUAUAUUUUUCUCCCUAAUCGAUUUUUUCGUUAGUAGUUUGCUUCUAAAGAAAGAUUUAAGGUGUAUAUAGUUUGUAUUUUUUUUUUUUUCUGUAUCUUUUUCCAUUACCUUUUUGGGGAUUAGAUUCAAAUUAGACUUCUGAGUGGCUGUCCCACGGUGAAGUAAAUUCCCUAGGUUUGUGGCCUGGUGCUGGAAGGCAGGAUGUGCUCAAGCCAUUCUUCCUCCUCCCAGACACUUAAAGAUGGUCUGCUUCACUUCUCCAGCUGCUUCAAGGUGAAGAUCAUACUGUCAUGGAGAUGUUAAUGAUAGUUCUGAUUCAGGAGCCCUUUAGGGUAUCCAAAGCCUUGCAUUUGCUAAGGAAACUUCAAAUCAGCAGUGACAGGGCUGUCUGGAAUAAUAUCCUGGAUCAGAGUUGGGAGGAGUCUGGCCUUCUUAAUGAGAGGCAAGCUGUGGGUAGCGGUACACACUGGUAAUCCCAGCACUCAGGAGGCUGAGGCAGGAGGACUGCCAUAAAUUUGAGGUCGGCCUGGGCUACAUAGUGAGUUCGAGGUCAGCCUCAAAUACUUAGCAAGACCCUGUAGCAAAUAAAAUAAAGUAAGCCUAAUGAGAGUCAAAGGGGGAUUUAUUGGGAUCACUUCCCAUGGCAUUUGUGCCUGUGAGAAGUGUUACUUUUGACGUUAACCAUAGAUGGGUGUCACAAAAAAGGGUAGCAUUUAGUAGACAAAGUAUUUCUAGAGCUAAUAGUCUUUGAGGGUUGUUAUUCUGUUUGUCAACUUUGAAGUACAAAUGUGUACCCUGGUAAUUGGCCCUGAACAGCUGGAAGUUUCUUCAAGCCCUGCUACGCAGACGCCUGGCUGCUCCUGGACGAGUGGCCCACUUCCACAGAAGGCUUGCAGGGCUGUGCGGGGGAGGCAGGUUCUCCUGCCGCGGUGACCGGUGACCGCGGAGCCCAGGACCAUGGAUGUGCACACGGGAAGAAGGAGCUCUCCUAAAGAAUGUGCAUGAGGGGGAAUGUGUGCACUCAGAAAUGAACUCAUUGUUCAGAUCCCUUUAAAUAUACGGCAGUGGUGAGUUGGUGUUGAGUAAGUAGUAGAAAUCCGUGACUUUCUGAUAAAUCUUCAGAGUACACAUCCCUGCUCAAGUAAUCUCAUGAUCAGAAAGCCGUCUUUCUCUAGGGUUUUGCUAAGUUUUCCUUGUGGCUGAAAUUUGACAGUGAGGAUUAGGUAUGAAGAAACAGCAGCCUUUGUGCUCCGGUUGCCCAAUGCAAGCCUGUCCGAAAGAAUAUUAUGUCAUUCACAGUUUUAGCUGAUCUUGAAAAGAGAUUUUUCUUUUUCUCUGUUUCAUUUUGGGGACAAUACACAAAUGUGGUGGACAGGUCACUGAAAAUAAACUACAUUAAAAUCACCA